AUGAGUUCGAGUUAUUUAUUCAAAGUGCCGUUUGCGUGUCCAUCACAGUUCCCUAUCUUCACACGUUCAAUUAUCAGCGUGGUGUUUUUUGGGAGCGAUUAUUAUUCAUUACCUCAUUUACGCGCCUUGGAAGAGCGUCAAUCUCAGCAUAAAGAUAUUCAAUUAUUGUUUGUGGUUACUACCUCAGAUAAAACUCCUGUGGGAUAUCAUUGUAUUCAGAAUAAAAUAGACCACGUGAUUUGGCCACGCACACUUACGAAUAAUUCAAUAAUCAUCAAUGCUGUUAGUCAACGAAUAGAUAAACUACAAAGUAUAAAUUCUUUGGAUAAACCAGAGAAAUUGUUAGGCGUAAUUGUUUCAUUUGGUCGAUUUCUACCAUCAUCACUCUUGUCUUUAUUCAAUUAUGGGUGCUUUAAUAUACAUCCAUCAUUAUUACCAAGAUGGAAAGGUUCUAACCCAUUAUUAUAUACUUUAUUAACCGAUGAUAAAGUUACUGGGAUUACUUUAUUCCGAUUAAAUCCGAUGCAUACAACUUUCGACUCUGGAUCUGUUUUGUAUCAAAAAUCCAUUCGUCUACCUUGUAAUAAGAAUACAAUGCUAACACCGAAUCAAUUAGCUACAUAUUUAAUGCCACAUAGCAUUAGUGCUAUGUUUGAGGUCAUUUUAUAUCCUAACUUACCACAUUUAGUCGGUGUUGAUCAAUCAGUGAUUUCAGCGAAAUUUCAACUUUCAAUAACGUAUGCUCGUAAACCUCAACCCUAUAUGGGUUUAAUCAAUUGGCAGGAACAAUCAGCCGAAGAUAUAAUUCGAUAUUGGCAUGCAUUUCAAGGCACUUGUGUAAAUUUAUAUACGGAGCUUUGUUUAUUGAACACUGUACAAGAAGAAAAGGAGAAUAAUUCUUUAGUUGCAAAUUUUCGUCUAUCCGAAUGUCCAUUGUUGGUACCACAUAUUGAUCGUGCUUCUAACAAUAACAAUGGCCAGAAUAAUGCUGAAGUUGCCGAUAUAUACUGUCCAAACUAUGGGUCCAAAAUUAUGGACUAUCUCAAUGAAGCUUCAAUUCUUCUGCAUCAACCAUAUCCAUCGUCAUUACCACCUGGAAGUAUUGUAUAUUUACGUUCACAAAAAGAUAAGAAACAUCAUUUAAUACCAUACGCUUUCAUUGCUUGUAAGCCAAAUAAUUCUUCACCUAUUAUAAAACAGAAUAAUUCUGUAUCAUGGUUAGCUGUUAAAAGUUUUUUUGUGAAGUGGCCUAAUUCAUCAACGAACAGUCGACAUUUAACAGCUAUUGAUUUAUAUAAUGGUUAUUUUUCAAAAUAUAUUCAUUUGCUACCAUCGGCAUCAUCGACACUGAAAGUAUCUGUAGUAAAUGAAGAGCGAAAUUCUCAACAAUUUGGUGUACGUUAUUUUGGUGAGUUUUGGUCUAACUCUUCGUCUACAUCAUCGAUACUAAGUGGUAAUAAUAAUAAUGAUAAUACCUUGAUAAAACCUUGGAAUGAACUAACACCGACUAUCCUACCUUCUCAUUUACAAUCAUCAUCUGAUAUGUCAAUCGUUGUAUAAAAUGUACAUAGUUGAUAGUUAAAAUAAAUAUUUUUACUAAUAAAAACAAUCUAUUUUAUUCUUUUCUAUUGGCUAAGAAACAUUUUUUUAUUCAUCGAAAGUUAGACUUGAUUAAUAUACAUAAAAAAGUUAAUAAUCUCUUAUCUAUUAAAAUGAGCUCGAGUGAGAAGUGUGGUUAAAUGCAGAAUAUUAGGUUAAGAUGGCCAAUCGGUUAGUGAGGUUGUGAAUCUUUAUCGACCGAGAUAGCUGCAUAUGUCCAACUACCAUCCACCUUAACUCUUAAUGCUUGCUGACUUGGAAGCACGCUGACAGGAAGACAUAGUGUCAGUUCAUGAAGUUAAUUAGCAUUCGUCUGAACCCUGUUAAUCAGUGUACACUACUUGUUUGUAAUCCAUCGGAUUAACGCAAGCAAUGGCUGCUUACGUUGAAUGACAUCUCAAUCGGUUGCAAUGACACAGACUCAUUCACUAUUUUCUUUUCCCCUUGAUAUUCAUUUUUAAAAUGGUCUCAUACAUUUAUUCUGUAGAGUCACUCUUCUAAAAUUAAAUUGUCUUAAUAUUUUCUACUGUUAUUGGUACUCUUACUACCCCUAUUCCUAUGAUGCUUAUCUUGAUAAUUU